UGAUACGCUUGAAUAGAGCAAUAACUUUUAGAACAAUCACAAAACUAAUGCGUUGUUAAUAAUUCAUUACAACAAACCCAGUGUUCAAAUUUUGUGUUAAAACUUAACUACAUUUUAGACAAGGUGGCAAAUUUUUUGAACGACAUUAAACAAUCAGAAAGAUGGAUGAAAUAGAUCGACCGGCAGUGGGACAGUUACCAUCUCCAAGAGCACCAUUCAAUUUAGACAAUCGACCAGAACUAAGCGAAGAUACGGAGCCUCUAGACGAAGUCGAUCGCCCCAGUGUAACAAUGGAUGUACCAAAGGAUCCAGAACGUUUUUUAGCUCAAAUUGUUGUCGAUAAAAAUGAAAGCGAAAAAAGAAUUGAGAUAAACACUGAUUUUAACCACGAGAACAUGAAUAUUGAAACUCAAAUUGCGAAUGAUGAAAUAAUACAUAUUGAGUCUUCCGAUGGUCCGCCGGUACAGCCAAUAGGAAAUGUAGAUGGACCUUUCAACCAAAUGUUCAGAAGACACAGCCCGAUUAUACAACAACGUACAGAGAGGACAGAUAAAGAGGGUAUCACCUCCAAACAUGUCACACUUUACCCGAAAGAGCCGGAUAGCAAAGUUAGUGGUAAAAUAAAACAUGAAGUCAAUUCAGAAUAUUUUUAUAAUAUGAACAGUUUUCCUAGAGGAAAGCUUACUCUAAUAAAUGUAAAGUACUUUCAGAAAUCAUCUGGUAUGGGUGAGUAUCCACGACAUGGAACGGAUAAAGACGCCGAAGGCUUAUGCUCACUUUUUUUAGACUUAGGCUUCAUCGUUGACAGAUACGACAACCCGUCUAAAAGAGAGAUUCUUAGUAUCCUUAAGGGCGCUGCAAACGAAGAUUAUUCAAAGCUUAGCUGUUGUGCGUGCGCCAUGUUAAGCCAUGGCGAAGAGGGUAUAAUUUACGGAACAGAUGGCUAUGUGAAGAUUAAGGAAAUUACCAAGCUUUUUCGAAGUCGCUCACUAGCUGGAAAACCGAAGUUCUUUUUAUUCCAGGCUUGUCAGGGCUCCGAGUACAUGAAUCCUUUGGACUCAGUAGAUGGUCCUGGUCGUCAUCUCAUUGACGAAGCCGAAAUGUCAUUGACACUUCCAUCCGAAGCGGAUUUUUUGUACGCAUAUUCCACUGUUCCUGGUUUCUACUCUUGGCGUAACUCGAGACGUGGUUCUUGGUUUAUGGAAGCUGUUGUGUCUACUUUUCGUGAGUCGGCACACAAGAUGGAUGUCGUCCGCAUGUUAACCCGUGUUAAUGCAAUCGUCGCGCAUCGUAAGUCGCGAACGGAUGAUGUGGUGACAGAUGACAAGCGUCAAAUUGCUUCAAUAAUCACCCAGAUGCGAAAAGAAUUCUUUCUCUUUCCGCCUUAUGGACCACUACCCAAAGAAGGAAGCUAAUGCUUUUGAAUGCAUAUUUUUAUAUCACACAACACUAGUACGAUUGAAUAAAGUUAGACUAGGUUAAAAAUUUGAUUGUAUUUUAUUGGUUAUGUUCAUACUAAAAAUUAUUCAUGUUUAUUUA